GUGCUUCCGCAUAACAUUGGAAUUGCCACCCGCGCCAUGACCGCGGCAGUGACCGUCGAGUUUGAGAAUCUCGAGUUCAAGUAUGCAGAGACAUUCGCUGGCAUCGACGUGAGCGGCGGCCCGAUCCUCAGGAACAUCAACAUGAGGUUUCUCGCAGGGCAGCGCAUUCUCUUGGUCGGCGGCAACGGCGCCGGAAAGAGCACCCUGCUCAAAAUGAUUGGGGGGAAGCACUUGCCCACAAGCGGUGGGUGUUGGGAACUCGGCCAUCGCGACAGCUUUCGCGACACCACGCUCAACAACAAGCGCACCAUGGCCACGUCAGAAUGGGGCACGCGAUCCAUUACGUUUGCAUCGCAUUCUGCGGCGUACUCGGCCGAUAUUGCUGUCGAAGAGAUGAUGGUCAAGUUGCAGCAAACAUACCCCGACCGCCGCGCCAAACUCCUCAAGUGCCUCCGCAUCGACCUGUCUUGGCGUAUGCACAAGCUCUCAACGGGGCAGCGUUGCCGCGUGCAGUUGUUCUUGGCCCUCUUGCGCCCGUCGCAACUGAUCGUGCUCGACGAGGUACUGGGGUGCCUCGACAUCAUAUCUCGAGUGAACAUUCUCGAUUUUCUGCGCCAUGAGAGCGAAGGCCCCCAAAAGGCGACGGUACGGCGGCUCGGCCCCACGUACACUCUUCUGACCUCCGUCCAAGGUGAUCAUGGCGUCCCAUGUGUUUGACGGAAUGGAACAGUGGGCGUCGCAUGUCUUGUACCUCCGCGACGGACAAGUCGCGUUUUUCGACGAGCUGGCCAACGUCCCGCUAAAAGGAAACGACAGACUGUCCAUCUACCACACGACGGAAGCGUGGUUGCGCGAAGAGGAAGACCAGCCGGAAAAGGAAGCGAGCGCGACGGGCGCCCUCGAAAACGCCCAGAACCGAGCUGGCGGGUUUGCCAAUGGACGACUCGGCGACUAUUCCCAUCAAAUUUAAGUCGCUGGGCGGAGGACGUGUGAGAGACUUCUGGAUCGUGCCAGCCCAGCGUUGUGCGUCGAGAUAACUCAGCAUCCGACUCGGGCACAGUUAGAGGCGCCAAACCUGCCAUGACAUGAGCAAUUAAGGCAUUCAGUUGUCGUGAUGAUCGUCCUCGACAGAGCUUGGACUUUGCGCUUCUGCGGCAGGUUGUACACAAGGACAACCCCCGUUGAGAAAUGCCA